AUGCUCCUGAAACCAGGGUUCAACCACCUAUCACGCUGCAAGUCCUCCUACAACCUGCCCUCAAUACUUGCAGCUUUGUCAACACAGGCUCAAGCAAGCAAGACACCGCGGCCCGAAUAUUCUCAACCCCCGCCAGAGCCCCCUGGUGCCUUUGCCGACCCUCCCGGUCCCUUCAGUCAUGCGCAUCGAGUCCUUCUCUCAGCUGCUCGCCAUGGCGUUGCUAGCCUCAGCAUCGUCUGUAACGGGCAUACCAUCGGAGAUCCGGAUCCGUGA